AGAAGUUUAUUAGACUCUUUACUUUAAAUAUGGCUAUACCACUUCUGCAGUCCCGAGUGUUUUAUGGUCUGAAAACAGACGUUUCCGGAAAUGCACAUUACAUUACAGAUGCAGAGAUUUUGUAUCCCGUUGGAAGUGCAUUGUCUGUCCACAAUUUUCCUCAGCGUCGGCAAAGAUUAAUUCGUUUGCCAGAAAAGCAUCUGAUAAAUGUUGUUUCAGUAACUCCAAAUAAAAAAUAUGCUGCUGUUUGCGAGGCUGGAGAGAAGCCUACUAUUUCUAUUUACGAUCUUCAGACUCUCAAGAAAAAGAAAUUUCUGGGAAUACCUUACGAUGCCCAAGGAGUCACAAAGUUCUCUUGCAUCUCAUUCAGUUUUGACAACAAGUAUUUGGCAGCCGUCACGGGCGAACCUGAUCAAACGAUGUUGUAUUACAACUGGGAAAAGGGCAAAGUUGAAUCAAGUUAUAAACUAGGCAAUCAGCAAAAUGCAAUGUCAAGUGUUAAGUUGAUAGCAUGCAAUCCUGGUGACGUGGGGAUAGUAGCCUUGGGUGGACCGUAUACAUUUAAAUUUCUUACGGUCUCGGAAACUGUAUGGCGUUCAUACGGAUUUGCAAAGGCCGAUAAUAUUCUGAUUUGUUCAAUGACUUGGUUGAAUACGGAUAGACUCUUAGCCGGUACGAGAGACGGAAGGAUUCUCUACUUAGAGAAUGGUGACUUAAAGAAUAUCUACAAAAUGGUUGAUACUGAAAUCAUGAACUUGAAAAUUCGUGAGGAAUAUAUCAUCCAAACAGCUGCAUCUCAGUCUAGCCUAGAGGGCGGCGACGAAGCACUCUGGGAACACGAUAUACGAUGUUUAAUAUCGUUUCACAAAGGAUUCGCCUACGGUUAUGGCUCUGGAACAAUAGUAGUAUUCGAAAGAGAUGGUCAACACAAAUAUUCAAAAAGAAAUAUCUUUGUUGUACCGUUGCAAGUAUCCAAGUAUGAUAGCACCGAUCUGUAUCAGAUUAACUGUAUAAACGCGAAUCUCAGUUCUGAUCGUUUGAUAGUGACUACAGGAUGGUCACAAUUAUUUUAUGCAAAACUAUGGGGUCCUGAUUUAAGUAUGGACCCAGAACCACAACAAUUAAAGAUCAUGGGGCAGCAUUUGCAUCAUGGAGCAAUAAGUGGUCUCUCAAUGUGUGCCUGGAAACCACUUUUCAUGACUUGUGGAGAAGUGGAUCGUAGUGUGCGAAUGUGGGAUUUCGAAACUGAAAGUCUUGUCAUGAUUAAGCAAUAUUUAGAGGAUAUUUACUGUGUAGGUUUACAUCCUACUGGACUCUUUUGCCUGAUCGGGUUUAGCGAUAAGCUACGGUUUAUGAUCAUAUUAAUUGAUGAUCUGAUAUCGAUGCAUGAAUUUCCUAUACGAAACUGUAAAACUGUUGCCUUUAGUUACGGUGGCCAUUUGUUCGCUGCUGUUAACGGGAAUCUAAUUCAAGUGUACAAUGUUAUUGGAUUUCGGAAUCGAUUCAUUUUAAGAGGUCACACUGGAAAAAUUAAUCAAAUAGCCUGGUCACAGAGCGAUAUGAAAUUAGUAAGCAUUGGAUCUGAAGGUGCCAUUUAUGAAUGGGAUAUGAGCACUGGGCAACGUUCAGUAGAAGUUAUACUAAAAGGCAUUGCUGUAAAUAGCAUUGUAAUUACAUCGGAUGGCUCAACCUGUUACUGUAUUGCAAGUGACAACCAGAUACGAGAAAUUAAGGAGAGCGCGGUAUUACGCGAAUUCGACUUGCCAGGAAUAGAAAUGAAUUAUAUGAUCAUUGGAAGAGAUGACGAUCUUAUGAUGUUCGUCACUUGUCCCGGUGGUAUUAUUUUGUCCCUCAAAUGUCCUCUUCAAGAACCCAUCGAAUAUUCAGAGUUCCAUAUACACUGUAAUGACAUUACAAAGAUGGCUCUAUCAUACAACGAACAAGUUUUAAUCUCUACCGCAAUAGAUGGUACAUUGUGUUUUUGGAAAUUACAUUAUAUUGAAGGAAAAGCUGCUGAUGUAGAUAAAGAAUUCAGCUAUAGUAAAGAGGUGCUAAUAAGUAAAGUCGAUUUAGAAGAGAAGGUACAGAUAAUAAAGGACUUGACAGUAAGACUGAGGGAAUUGGAAACGGAGAACGCGUAUAAAAUGAGACAAAUGGAAGUGCAGCAUAAUGACAAGACACGCGAGAUUCAUCAAGGAUAUUGCGAAGCGAUAGAAGAGUUAAAGGAUAAAAUAGAUAAGCUGCAGGAGGAACGAACGAACGAGUUGAAUAAUAUAAAUGUUGAGAUAGUCAAGAUGAAGGGCGCCCAUGAGAAUGCUCUGCGACAAAUGGAAGUUACUUAUGAUCAGAAACUCAUAACAGAGUAUGACAAAUAUCAUCUCCUUGAGGAACAUAACAAUGCAAUGCGGGAAGAUUAUGAAAGACGCUUAGAAGAACUACAGAAAAGUAAAGACGAGGAUAUUGAGAAGAUACGAAAAACGUAUGCAGCACAGCUUCACGAGAAAGAAGUUCAGUAUGAAGAGAUGAAUGAGGAAAUGGCGCAUCAGAAUCGCAUUCAUGAAAAGUUAAAAUCUGAAAUAGAAGACGAUGCCGAUCGUGAGAUUAUAGAAAUACGUACAAAUUAUGAGACUCUCUUAUUCGAAGAGAGGCAGAACAAUUUGAAGCUCAAAGGAGAGACUGGAGUAAUACGUAACAAAUACGUAUCGAGUCAGAAAGAGAUUGAUGAAUUGAAAAGGCAAAUAAACCAUUUGCAUGGGGAUCAACUGCAAUUUCAAAAAAACAUACAUGGGCUUGAAAAAGACGUGCUGUAUCUGAAAAAAGAAAUUACCGAAAGGGACGCGACUAUACAGGAUAAAGAGAAGCGAAUUUAUGAUCUUAAGCGCAACAAUCAGGAACUGGAAAAAUUUAAGUUUGUAUUGGAUUAUAAAAUACGUGAAUUGAAAAAUCAAAUAGAACCCAGAGACAAGGAGAUCAGGGAACUUAAGGAAAAGAUGAAAGACAUGGAAAUCGAACUGGUGAAUCUGCACAAAACAAAUGUAAGUCUAGAAUUGCAAUUGUAUGAACUUCGUGAAAAGUUAGCCGCUGCACGACGAGAAAUACAAUGUGAGGUUCAACGAAACAAACGGUGUCAACAACUUCUCAGAAAAAUGCGCAUCGAUUUACACGACACUGCUGGACUUGUACAAGAACCUAAGGAGUUGAAAAAUGCUGUAAUGAAUAUGUAUCAUCAAUAUAACGAUGACGAUGAAUUUUUACGCAGCCGUAACGCAGAUUUAGAUGCUCAAUGUGAAUUUUUGAAACAAAGAGACCAUUUGGAAAGAACAGUGGCAUCUUUGAGGAAGCAAGUCUUUCGUGACCCUGCUAGUGGCAAGAAGGAUCUCGACAAAAUGAUGGACGAAAAUGUUGUGCUCAUUACUGAAUUGAAUAUCUUAAGACAGGAAUUGAAGACAGCACAAAAGCAUAUUGUAGAUUUAGAAAGUAUAUUAGGACUUGCUGGAAAGGAUAUCGAACCGGUAGAAGCUAGAAAUAAAUUGGCAAAGGCUUGCCAUGCACAAAUUGAAUUAAAAAAUACCUAUAAACUCCAAAUGGAAGAAUGUCAAAAAAUGGUUUCAAUUAUGAAGGAACACAUUGCUAGGUUGAUAGAAAAGUUACCUAAUGAAGAGACAUCUGGUGUAAGGGAACCUUAUUGAUAAAAAGUCUGUAUAUAUUUUAA